AUGACCAGCCAGGAAGAGAUUCUCUUCAACACCAUUGCUGAGCUUGACAUAGACCAGGUCAGGCAGGAGCUUUAUCAAGCAAAGCUCCAGCAGCUGAACUCCACCACACCAGCCACUGCUCAGUACCAACCCAGAGUAGAUAAAUCCCUGGUAAAAGUCCUCCAAAGCAAGUUGAAGCCCUACAAAGGCAACAGGAAUGUCCAAGAGAUUAGGACAUACCUCCUCAGACUUGAAGAGUACUUCCAGGCAGCUGCAGAUCUAUCACCAGAAGGCCAACUGUUAGUAGCCACCACCUACUUGGAACUCCAUGCUGAAGUCUGGUGGCAAAGCCAUGUCAAGAACCACCCAGUAGGAUCCCCUCUCAGAAUCCAGUCUUGGGACCAGUUCAAGAGAGCCCUUCAAGAGAACUGUUAA